GGAAAAGUAGUUUUGGUGACCGGAAGUAGUUCUGGAAUCGGAGAGGGGAUCACUAAACUAUUCUCUAUAUUAGGGGCCAAUGUUGUGGUCACCGGUAGGAAAGAAGCGGAUGUCCAGAGAGUUGCAAAAGAGGUUCAGGAAUUGUCGCCAAAGAAACUGAAGCCAUUAGAAGUGGUCGGAGAUCUCACCAAAACUGAAGUCAUCAAUACUUUGAUCACAAAUACUAUUAACACAUUUGGAAAGUUAGAUGUUUUGGUUAAUAACGCCGGUAUAUAUCCGACGACAAACAUCACCCAAAAAGACUUAAUGCAAGUCUGGGAUCAGAUUUUCAGUAUUAAUUUGAGAGCAGUCGUCGAACUAAUCCACGAAUCGGUUCCACAUUUGGAGAAAACUAACGGCACUAUCAUUGAUAUCUCGAGUGUCGGUGCCAUUGAACCGCUUACAUUCAACCUGGCGUACGGACCGGCAAAGGCCGGCUUAGAUAUGUUGACUCGAGUACUGGCCCUUGAAUUGGGAUCCAAAGGCAUUCGUGUCAACACUAUUAACCCUGGAGCGAUACAAGUUACCGAAAAGGUUGAUCCCCUAUACGAAAAAGCAAAGCAAAUAACACCACUCAAGCGAUUGGGACAACCAUUAGAUAUCGCUAAAGCCGUGGCAUUCCUGGCCUCAAGUGAUGCCUCAUUCAUAACCGGCGCUAAUCUGGUGGUCGACGGAGGAGUUGUCUAUAAUAUGGGAGCUUAUAAUACUUUAUCCCCUAAU